AUGACAUCAAAUUAUACAUUUUGGUGUCACCAUGGGGAGAAGCCAGAUGAGUCAUUGGGGUCAUGGAAUGAAGCAACUGACAACUCAAAUAACAUGUUUGAUAUGCUGAGAGAUUUGUAUCCUAAUAUGAGCAAGACCAAUGAGGAGAAUAGAGCGUUGCAAACAAUGAAUCAACAUAGUGGAAGGAGACCUGUUCGACAAAUUGCGUUGGAUUUGGAAGAGAAGUUGGGCAGACCUCCAAAUGUAGCCGAGCUUGUGUUUGAGACCUAUAAAGAAGGAGACAUGAUAAAAGAUGAUGCGGCAAUUGAAAGACAUGCUAAAAUACUUGAGAUCAUGGAAGCCAAUCCAAACUUUACUGCACUUGAAGUGGUAGAAGCAAUAUUAGGAGAACAAAAGUGUGGUCAUGUGAUUUGUUUUGGAGGCGGAUUGAGACCUAAGGAUUUGAAGAGCUCAACUUCCACAACGAAUGCAAAUGAUGCAGAUUUGGAAGCUCAAUUGAGACGAUCAGAUGAAGAAAAGGAAGCUCUUCAACAAACUGUUACCGAACUGAAAGAUACUGUUACUGAACAAGCUGAAGAGAUGGCCAAUAUGAAAGCUGAAAUGAAGAAGUUGCAGGAGCUGUUCGAAACUAGUCAAAAUCGACAACAUUAG